GCAGUCUGUGUUGGCUUUCAUAUUUCGAUCCCUCCCUAUAAAUCUCUCAAAUUCACACAACUUCCUCUUCCACCAUCUUUCCUUUCUCCAAAAAUUUCUCCUCUCUCUACUAACCCCAGAAAAAAAAAAGAAAAAAGAAAAAGCCAGCCCUCUCCUCUCACCCUUCUCCCAUAGUAUUCCUUCCAAAAAAAAUCCCAUCAUACAUUUCUACGCUAAAAAUUUUUUUAAAAAAAAUUUAAGAAGGAUGGGAGCAUGUACAAGCAAGCCUAAAGUGUUGAAGGGUGAUGUGCCUGAGGAGAAGGUCAAGGCUCCAGAGCCGGCACCCAAGAAGGUGGUGGUAGAGGAGGAGGAGAAGAAGGACGACGCCGUGGAGAAGGCGGCCGCGGUGGUGGUGGAAGAAGAGGUAAAGAAAGAUGAAGAUGUAGGCGCUGCUGCUGGUGAUGAGAAAGUUACAAGGAGCCGUUCUCUUGGUAACUUGUUUAAGGAGAACCAAGAGAGGAAAGAUUCAUCUGAGAAUGAAGCUGUAAAAGAAUCAGUUGGGUCUGAAGUCAAGCCAGCAGAAGCUGAAACAGUCGAAGAGGUCCAGCCUGAGGAGGUAAAACCAGCUGCAACAGAGCAAGUUGCUGCUCCAGUGGUUGAUGCCCCUGCAAAGGAGGUCCAACCUGAGGAGGUAAAUCCAACUGCAGAGGCCAAAGAUGCUGUAAAAUCAGAUGAGACGCCUGAAGAGAAAUCUGAAAAAUCAGAGGAGAAGAAACAAGAAGAAUCUCAGCCUGCUAUCGUGACAGGAAAGGAUGAGAAGUGAAAUGGAGCAGUCUGCUGUUGUGAUGAAUGUUAGAAUAUGAUUAGGAAAGCCUUGAUGAAAAGUACUUCAAGGUAACAGGAUAAAACAAUGAAUGUUUUUCGGAGUUUGUGGUGGAAAAUAGUUUUGCUCAAUGAACCUCAUUUUCAUUUUA